AUGUCCCCAAGAUCCCAAUUUAGUUCAUGCUCAGCGGCGGUGGCGCUGCUCUCUCUGACAGGCGCGCUGUGGCCAACCGGCGCACUUGCGGGGAGCAGCAAUGGCAACAGCGAGGGAUACAAGCUGAGAGAGGACAUCCCACAACGCGAACAGGUCACCGACAGUCUCGGCAAGCUCCAAUACGUUCCAUUCUACACUUGCAACGAGACAUCUCGCCCGCUCUCCCUCCACUACGGCAUCUCCGAAACAAUAACCUGCACCAUCCCCUCCCUCUCCGAUGAGCUCUACCAUCUCCUCGAAUUCUACGUCCACUCAGACGUCCCCAUGACCUGCCGCAUCCCAACAGCACCGCUAACACCGUCUACCGCACACGCAGACAAAGCCAAAGACGAGAAGACAGGCGAAGCAGACUCUCUCUCCGCGCUGGCUGACAACGGCCCACCCUUUACACCGCUCACCAUCGCGCUCCAGGGCACGCUGCAGCUGAGCCAUCUGCACAUCUGGACAGAUAUGAACGUCGUCAUGCACAACAUGGCUUCGGACGCGGCCGCAGAGCAGAAAACUAACAACGGGGCUCAGUCCGGGCAGCCUGGGUUCGUUGUUGGUGGGACUGCGUACUCGACUCCCGAGUUUGAUAAUACGGGAAAGAUCGCCAAGCUCGAUGAAGAUGAGGAGCCGGUUGCUCUUGCGCAGGCUGCGCGUGAGCCUUGGACUGCGGGUCAUGGUACCAAGGUUGUGCGCGGCGAACCGCUGACUUUCUCUUUCCAUGUUGCGUGGUUGGAAGGCGGGGACAGUAUUGGGUGGCCAGUGCGGCCGGCUACUGAUUCUUGGUUGGCGUUGGCCACUGGGACUGGGAAGGGCUCUGGGUCUUUCUUUUCGAAAUUGGUGUUCUUUGUUAUGGCGGCCUCGGCUGGUGCUUUGGUUGCGCUGUAUUGGGAGCGUAAUGGUGGCCGUGGUCGUGCUGUUUGGCACGGGGAUGGACUUUUGGGCGGCACUCCUGCUAGGGGAAAGAGUCCUGGUGUUACCUUUGGUAAUGGUGGGAAGGCUAAUGGGUAUGGGGGAUAUGCUGGAGCUGGGACUGGGACUGGAAAUGGUAACGGGGCUGGUGGUGGAUAUUCGUUCCCGAGUGGGAAAAGAGACUGA